AUGUGUGAUUGGUAUCCUUUGCCAGAAGAUGUUCGUACACUAAUUGGAAGGAGUAAAAUGAAUAGCGCUGCUACAAACUAUAAAAUGGCAAUGAGAGAUGCCGAAGCAGCUUUAGCUCUCGAUCCCGGAAACCUGUUGGCUGCAUAUCAGCAAGCUCAAGCCAAGUACGAACUGGGCGAUUUCGAACAAGCCCUAAACUUGUACCACAGAGGCUUACGACGAAGGAAACAGCCGCCAAACUUCGCCGAGGGCGUAAUGCAGUGUUCGGAAACGAUAGAGGACUGCAUUGGUUACAACGUGGGCAGCGUAUUGAAAGAUUUUGAGUGGACGAUAACUGCGAUGGAUAAGUUUAGGAUUUCCGAAGCAGAAAGACUGAAAAACUUGCCGGAGGAAACUUGCGUCGAAGAAACCGACAAAGAGAGGGAAGAACGAUUGGGAGCAUUGAUAGAUGCACAAGAAAGACAUAGGCUAGAAGUCUUGGGACGUGUAAUGGCAGAAAAAUAUUUGGGACGCUUGGCGCAUGAAAAAUAUUUCCUGAGGACGUUGAUCAGCGAUUACCGGCUGCCUUCGGCAAAUAAAACUGGAGGCGAAACUCUCAAGCAAUUGUGUGUAGAAGCAUUCCAAGCACUUCAGAACCGACAGGAAGUACUUCGAACAAGACGCCCAUGGUACAGCGUCAAGUACAGGGAUUUAGUGGACUCGGAAAGGAUUCGUAUGAAGAAGAAACAAUUGCUCGAGAGAUCAAGGGCUGGCGCCAAGAUCGACGCAGAGAAAUUCGUAACACUCCUACGACAGGCGAGACAGGAUAGAAACAUCAAGGUGAUAAAAGCGAUUCGUACGGCCGAGACGCGCGCCGAUUUAUCUGCGGACCGUCUGGAGCGUGCCUUCUACUUCCACGAAUUAGGCAGGUACUACAUGGAAAUUCAUAAGUAUGAUAUGGCUAAAAUGUACGCGAAGAAAUCCAUGAACGAUGCCAGUUUCGCAAAGAAUUACGCCUGGGUAGUGAACGCGGCCAUAACAUGCGCUCGGGCGGAUAUAAUGGUGCACAACCGAAACGACGCCAAGAAGAAUUUACAAGUGGGAUUAGAUGCAGCGUAUCAUAUGAGGAAUGAUACCGUUAUUGAAUUUAUAGAACAGUGUAUCUCCCACGUGGAAUCGGUAGACUUUGCCGAUAUGAUAACGGAAGGUGGCGUCGAACAGCGCGAGAAGCAAAUCGUAGAUAUGAUGAUGGGAACGGGAAUGAAGGAAGAAGCCGAAAGUCUGUUCCGCAGGAUGUCAGCCUUGCCUGCGAAUAGACGAUUGUCCGUGAUGCCGGGAGUCAAGGCCAAGGACGAAGAGAGCAGGGACGCCAAAACCAAACCGAGGAAGUCGAUUAUGCCCCCAAGUGUUACUCAAGUCAAAGAUAAACCUGAUAAAAAGAAACCGAAAGGAUAUCAAGAAUUCGAUUUAUAA